AUGGGGAGUGUAAGGAGACAUGAAAUAGAUGAGUUUGAACAGCUCUCGAGAGAGAGCAGCCAUUUCAGUCUUUCGACUGGAAUAUUACCAUCACUUGGAGCAAGAAGUAACAGACGAGUUAAGCUCAAGAGAUUCAUUAUAUCUCCUUACGAUCACAAAUACAGGAUAUGGGAGGCUUACCUAGUGGUUCUUGUGGUAUACACUGCUUGGGCUUCCCCUUUUGAAUUUGGGUUCUUGAGAAAGCCAAGACCACCACUCUCUAUCACCGAUAACAUCGUCAAUGCAUUCUUCGCUAUGGAUAUCAUAGUGACUUUCUUUGUGGGUUACCUCGACAAAUCGACUUACCUACUUGUGGAUGAUCGUAAACUGAUUGCAUAUAAGUACUUGCGUUCUUGGUUCCUCCUUGACCUCGUAUCAACCAUUCCUUCAGAGGUGGCUGUGAGAAUCUCAUCUCAGUCUUAUGGCUUAUUUAACAUGCUUCGUCUCUGGCGUCUUCGCAGAGUCGGUGCCUUGUUUGCCAGACUAGAGAAGGAUCGCAACUUUAACUACUUCUGGGUCCGAUGUGCAAAACUCGUUUGUGUCACCCUUUUUGCGGUUCAUUGUGCUGCGUGUUUCUAUUAUCUUAUCGCAGCACGCAAUCAUGACCCAGCAAAGACUUGGAUUGGAGUAUCGAACCAUAACUUCCUAGAGGAUAGCUUGUGGAUGCGAUAUGUAACUUCCAUGUAUUGGUCUAUCACUACUCUAACCACUGUUGGUUAUGGUGAUUUGCAUCCAGUUAACACAAAGGAGAUGAUAUUUGACAUUUUCUAUAUGCUCUUCAACCUCGGAUUAACAGCAUACUUAAUUGGUAACAUGACCAAUUUGGUAGUCCAUGGAACAAGUCGGACUAGAAAUUUUAGAGAUACAAUACAAGCGGCUUCGAAUUUUGCUCGUAGAAACCAUUUACCACCUCGUCUACAAGAUCAAAUGCUUGCACAUUUAUGUUUGAAGUAUCGAACUGACUCUGAAGGGCUGCAGCAGCAAGAAACUCUUGAUUCACUUCCGAAAGCCAUUAGAUCAAGUAUAUCACACUUCCUUUUCUAUUCCCUCAUGGAUAAAGUCUACCUCUUUCGCGGAGUAUCCAAUGACUUGCUUUUCCAACUGGUCUCGGAAAUGAAAGCAGAGUAUUUUCCACCAAAAGAAGAUGUGAUCUUGCAGAACGAAGCGCCAACAGACUUCUACAUCCUUGUGAACGGUACCGCGGACUUGAUGGUUCACAACAAUGGAAUCGAAACUGCUGUGCAAGAGGUUAAAGCUGGAAACAUUGUAGGGGAGAUAGGGGUGUUGUGCUACAGACCACAGCUGUUUACAGUGAGGACAAAACGUUUAUGCCAACUAUUGCGUAUGAACCGAACAACUUUCUUGAAUAUUAUUCAGGCUAAUGUUGGUGAUGGUGCCAUAAUCAUGAAUAAUCUUCUUCAGCAUUUGAAAGAAAUGAAUGAUCCGGUGAUGGCGAAUGUUCUACUAGAGACAGAAAACAUGCUUGCAAGGGGCAAAAUGGAUCUUCCUCUCAAUUUAUGUUUUGCUGCAAUAAGAGAAGACGAUUUGCUUCUACAUCAGCUGCUAAAGAGAGGACUCGAUCCUAAUGAAUCGGAUAACAAUGGCAGAACCCCUCUGCAUAUAGCGGCAUCAAAAGGAAGUCUGAAUUGCGUACUUCUUUUGUUGGAUUACCACGCGGACCCAAAUUGCAGAGACGCGGAAGGUAAUGUACCACUGUGGGAAGCAAUGGUGGAAGGGCAUGAGAAAGUGGUAAAGGUACUGUUGGAAAAUGGCAGUACCAUAGACGCAGGUGAUGUGGGUCAUUUUGCUUGCACGGCAGCUGAGCAAAACAAUAUGAAGCUCCUAAAAGAAAUCGUUCGACUUGGUGGAGACAUUACCUGUCCCAGAGCCACAGGAACCUCUGCACUCCAUACUGCUGUAUGCGAAGAGAACAUUGAGAUGGUGAAGUAUCUUCUAGAGCAAGGUGCAGACGUUAACAAACAAGAUAUGCAUGGUUGGACACCGAGGGAUCUUGCUGAACAACAGGGGCAUGAUGAUAUUAAAGCCUUAUUCCGAGAAAAAAAACACGAAAGAGCACAUAUCGAGUCAGGUUCUUCGGUCCCUAUACUCAAAACCGGAAUCCGAUUCCUAGGAAGAUUCACUAGUGAACCCAACAUCCGUCCCCCAUCAAGAGAGGUGUCUUUCAGGAUACCGGAAACAAGGCCAAGACGGAAAACUAACAACUUUGACAACUCCUUGUUUGGGAUAUUAGCUAGUCAGAGUGUACAGAAGAACAAGCUAGCCACGGUAGAUGAAGGUGGAACCGGAAACCCGGUGAGGGUAACGAUUAGUUGCCCGGAGAAAGAUGAGGUAGCAGAGAAGCUGGUGCUGCUUCCUGGGAGUUUCAAGGAGUUGCUAGAAUUGGGUUCAAACAAGUUUGGUAUUGUUGCUACCAAAGUUAUGAGCAAAGACAACAAUAAUGCAGAGAUUGAUGGUGUAGAUGUUAUAAGAGAUGGAGAUCAUCUUAUCUUUGCAUCUGAUUCAAACCAUCCAUAG